AUGUUACCAAUGUGUCGAUUUCAAGUUUUAAAAAAAGCCACAACAUUGCCGGCUGUGUUGUUGACCUUUGCUGUUAUGGUGAUUUUUUACAGUCUUAUUGUCAAUGAAAUGUUACGUCCCUCUUGGGGGCUGUCCUCUCUAAUAUCAUGGAGACAGGAGACAUUUCGUUUUCAGGCAGCAGAAAGUGAACACCAAGGAAAACCUGAGUGUAAAGAGUACAUCCAAAAAAUGUCUGACAAGUGUCAUGUUUUAGAACUGUUUACACGCGUCGACGCGACUGCUAGAAAUUACGACUCGGACCUAGUAUGUGACCAGUCCGCGACCAACUUUGAUGUCAUCUGUCGGUUGUAUCUUAAACAGAUCGGUCUACAAUCUCAGCAGUCCACAGUCUGCUGCCUCGACAACGUACAUAGAGUUCCUAAGAUUGUUUAUUUUCUUAAUUUUGGAGUCAAUAAGUUUCGACUGGUGAACUACAUCUCUCUCAGAGCAGCCAGCCGUUUUAUCGCACCAUCAGCACUCUAUGUUGUUGGAGACCAACACCCUAGGGGCGAGUGGUGGCGAAAGGUGAUGGCAGAUGUUCCCGGAGUCAGGUUCUUAUACCGAGAGAUUCCAGGCAACAUCUCGGGGAUUCCUGCUCACAUCAAGCAUUUAUCCGACAUUGUCCGGCUGCAGCUUCUCUACAUGAACGGAGGCAUCUACCUGGACACCGACACAGUUGUAGUGAGAGAUCUUCAAGCCCUUUUAGAGCAUAAUCUCACAUUGGGACUGAUAGAUAAAGUUACAGGCAUGGGAAAUGGCUUCAUAAUAGCUAAAAGAGGAAACGACUUCAUUGAGGAAUGGUACUCUCACUACACCAAGUAUAACAACAGUGCAUACUACUUGAACUCUUUAGAGGUAAAUACAUUCAUCAACAGCAGCAUAUCAUCAUAUUCAUCAUCUUUGCCAUCUUCAUCACCAUGGGAAAAAAAAUUUGCGGACGCAAUAAUCUCUGUUUGGGGGCACAGACUGUGCGACAUAAUCGCGACGACUUGUUAUACAGCCAGGCAGGUGACCAGGCGAUUGUCAAAUCUAACACGAGAUGAAGGGACUGGAUGA